CGCAGUCCCGUGUUCAUGGCGUUCGAGUCAUCGGAGUUUGACUGCUUUCGCCUGUAUUCAGCGAGCAGUCGCAGGAAUUUGGAAUGGCAUCAACAGUCGCGUCAUCGAUCGCCAACCUCCAUGGAGUUAAUGGAGUCGCCACAAGAGUCAGCUGAGUGAGCAGGAUGCAGAGCAGUGCCGUUGGGGAUGUCCUGCAUUGUGAGGAGCAGCUGAGGUCCACACUCUACUCCGAUGACAAGGACGAUCUUCGGAGGAAGUUGGCCCAGCUCCAGCAGGAGUAUCUCAAGACAGCCCAGAAACUGCAGCGUGCUGAGCGACUGGAGGCGGUGCGGAAACACGUGAGGAACGACGGCACUCCAAAGCAAGACCAGCACCAGGACCAGACAGAGCCAGAGGGGACACCUAAGCCUACAUAUGGAGGUCCCGCUGACUCCAGCAGCUUGGUCAGGACUCUGCUUCCGUCCACGCCGGAACCGGACCUGGUCCGCCACAACCCGCCCUGCGUUUCCAGAGCGAGCCCGGCCUUGCGCCUGCGCUCCCGCCGCAGCCGCAUGCGCUGGCAGAGUCACAGCGAGGAAGGAGGAAAGGUGCAAGGCGAUGCGAGGUUUGCAGAUGAAAGCCAAAGUUCGGGAUCGGCAUCGCCCUCUCUGCUGCUCUCGCACUGGAAUGUUCCGGCCCUCGAGGAUGAGAAACAAGACGGGAAAAAGGAAGCAGAGGUGCCAGACGGAAACAGAACUGAGAAUCACACUGUGGGAGGAGAUGGCGGACACGUCACACUUGAUGAAAAGAGUCAUGAAAAUUUGGAAAAACAGGCUAGCUACUUCAAACCUAGUUUUUGCAGCGUCGAAACAAUAGCAGGAGGGGAAGGAGAUGGGAAGAGACUGUUGGAGUGCUGCAACCUGGUGGAGGGACUACCUUUCCCUGCGGAGUACUACAUCCGCACUACCAGGAGCAUGGCUCUCUCACAGAGCCAGCCGGACCUGCGGGCCGUCAUCCAUACCCAGCUGAACCCGGGACGACCUCGCCAGAAAAAAGCCAACCCGGUCAUCUCCAGUGAGCGUUCCAGUCCGAUGUCCAUCGCUAAGACCCCCAUGAAAGCCGUUUCGCCCCCUAGAGUCACUCGUCUGAGGAAGGGUCAGAAGAGCCAGAGGGGUCGAGGCAGGGGGAAGCCUCGGGUCCAGAGACCCUCACCUUCUCCUGGCCCGUCGUCUCGCCAUGAGACAAAUUCUCCAAAAUCCCACUCAUCUCCGGAAGAGGUUGAGCCGCCAUCCGACGAUCCCAAGGCCACGUCGCCUGACACGCAACCUUCUUCCGGGGCCCAGAAGGUCUUACCGAUCUUUUACAAGAUGGUCAAGUCCACUCCUGUGGCCUCAGGUUCUGAAAAGUGGCGUUCCCUCCUCCUGCCCUCUUCUAAGCCCACCCCCACUCCAUUACUUCCUCCCCUCUCGCAGCUGGCUGGCGACCUGUUGCACCUGGACCUCCAUCAGGACUUCCACUUGCCCGACGACCAGUUCGCCUCCCUGAAGCUCAGCAAACUUCGCCAAGUGGCUGUGGAGUCCAGAGCAGAACCUUUUGCGUCGCUGUGCCACAACACGGGUGGUGUCCUGCGGCAUCCUGGAACUCCGGUGACUACUCUCAGUGUGCCGCUCAGCCUCACACCCAUGGCUGGCAAAUCAUCCAGCCAAUCAAAAGACGAUGACUCCUGGAACACGCAACUCACUGGAACCUCACAUUUGGACCCUCCCAGCAUAUGUCAGAGCCCAGAGGAACAAGAACUGAAGUGUGGGGACCGCGAGCGGGAGGUUCUUCCCUGCCGUGAUCUCCCCCGAGAGGAAGGCCAGGAGGAGAACAGGCUUAAAGACUUGUUUCCCAAAACGGUCAAAAAUGAGCACAGCGUCAACUCUCAGCUGCGACUGAGCCCCCCAGUGGCCUCUGCCCCGCUGCACCCGCCCUCAUCCACCUUCCCCUCCAGUCCAGUGCUGCCCUCCCUGGGGUUCACCCCCCUUGCUUCAUUGCCAACUGCCACUGUCGUCCCCUCUCUCAGCCUUCCACCCUUGCUUAGCCCCUCCACCCGGACCCUGUCCCCCCAACACCUCGCCGCUCUCGACACACCUGCCCCGGCACCUGACGUCCAAAUGCUGACAGCGGUGGAGGAGCACAGAAGCUGCACACUGAAAGCCCCGGCAGGAGGUGUUCUGGUGGACGCAUGCUGCCUGUUGGACUCGGGCGGCCACUUGUGCAUUGCUGCGGCGGGAAAGUGGGCGGUGUGUUUGUGGAGUCGUGCGUCGUCAUCAAGCGAUUGGACCCUACGACACACGUGGCCCUUCACUGAACCGGUGAUCAACAUGUUUUCCGUCCCGGAUGCCGCCGGCCUCAUGUGUGUGACUCUGGGUCAGCUCGAGAUCAUAGAAGUGAGGGUGCUGUCAUGCUGUGGCAGCAAGCCUGGGCUACUGCUUGAUGGUGGCGUCCAGGCGGCUGUGGGCGUCGCGCAGUCCAGGGUGGUCACCUCCUCGUACUCUGCGUCUGGCUGCACGCUACAGGUGUUCACACUCUCAAACGAUGGCAGCACUUCCCGGUGCGUCCCUCUUGGCUCGCCCGGUGUUUGCGUUGGAGCGCUGGCUCAAGUGGAUGCACUCCCCGACGCUCUGAUCGGCACAGAUGAGGGAGGACGACUCUUUGUUUGGAAUUUAAAGAGCGGACACUUGCUGCAGAAAAUACAGCUCAGUGACAGUUUGUCAAACACGUCCUGUUUAAGAGGGUUCUCCUGCAGUGGUGUGUUGUUAGUCCUCCUGCAGCACCUGUCUCUGGGCUGCCACCAGGACGAGAAAAACAAGAGCAAGGAUGAAACGUUCUUCAAGCAAGAAGAAGAGGAGAAGAAGUCGGUGCUCUUCUCCUUGGUUGCGUUGAAUCCUCUCACUGGUAAAAGCGUCCUGGCAGCGCGUCUGGACCCGCCCACGUCCUGGUCGGGAAGGCUGUGCGAGGCUGACGCCAGCAGCGCUGCGGUGGCGGGCCUGAGUCAGAGCGGCUGCGUGUGCAUGUGGCAGCUGAGGCGGCGGUCAUGUGACGGCGUCAUGGUGGCGGUGGCUGCGGCCCGUGACUGUGAAGGCUGGCAGCUGGCUCGCUGGGCAGAGGGUGGCGCCACACUGGUGAUGGGCCACCAGAAUGGUGACAUCACCUUGCACUUUGACCUUGCCACUCAGGACCAUUUUAUGGGAUUUUAGUCACACUUGCUUGAAGGUUUUUAAAGCGCUAGUUUCACACUUGCACUGUAUUGGACUUUGAAGUUGACUGCUGUACACUUUUAUUACCAUGCCUCUGACUUGAAUGCUUGGGUUUGGUUCAAAAAAAAAAAAAAAAAAAAAUUGUAAUUUGUAUUAAACGUUUGUGAAUUUUGUUAAA